AUGGCUCCAAAAGGCCACCGGCAUGGCCCGUCAAGUAGUAUGUUUGCUCAGAUUACUGAGCCCAUACCUCUUCCUACUCGCUUUGCCCGAAUCAAGAGAGAUUUGAUUGAGGGUAAAGAAUCUCAAAUCAAGAGUUCCUGGAUAAGACUGCUUGUCAAGUUAAACACUGAAAUCGAUAUCAUCGCCAAAGCCGGUUCGGAUAUCUACCCAUCUAUUGAUUUUAACGAUCUCAAAGAGUCUUCAGUUGCAGACGACUUUUCUUCAAGACUAAAGGAUCGAGGCGUCGCUGUUGUUCGGAAUGUAAUUCCUCAUGAUCUGGCUACGAAAUGGAAGGCAGAUACCGACGCUCACUUGGGAGACCUUCAGGCUCAACGAUUGCCCACCCAUGAUCCGCAUCUUUACGGAGUUUACUGGUCUCCUGGGCAGAUCAAAUCUCGAGCCCAUCCGAACAUUCUCUAUACUCAACGUUUCCUAAUGAAUUUAUGGCACUCGUCUGACCCAGAAGCGCUUGUGAGCCCCAAUUUUCCCAUCAGCUAUGCCGACCGCAUGAGGGUCAGGAGACCUGAGGAUGAGACAUGUUCCCUCAGCGUAUAUGUUGACGGAGGAAGCGUGGAGCGUUGGGAGCCGGAUGGCUAUGGUUCAGCAGCGACUUAUCAACGCAUUUGGGAUGGUCGUUGGGAGGAUUGGGAUCCGUGGGAAAGCAGCACUCGACUAAAAGUGACAAGCGAUUUAUACAAUGGUGACGGCUCAUGCAGCGUCUUCCGCAUGCUUCAGGGCUGGGUCGCUUUGAGUGAGGUUCCUUUUGGCCAUGGCACCCUUCUCUUGUGUCCCAUGAUUCGACUCACAACUGCAUAUCUUCUUCUGCGCCCCUUUUUCGUGCCUAAAGAAUCCUCACCGGCAAGCCCAGACUUUCUUACGCCAGGGAACUGGAUCCUUGAAGAGCCACCUUCGUCUGUGAUCCAAGGUGCAUUGCCGUCUUACCCACAGGAGCUCAAUGAUGCAUUACAUCCUCAUCUACAGCUUCAUCGGAGCAUGAUCCCCAUACCAAAACUUGAUCCUGGUGAUUACCUUGUCUGGCACUGCGAUACCGUCUACGCCCUUGACCGUCUCCGUCGCCCAGACAUCCCUCCUACAACAAUUAUAUAUCUUCCAGCCUGUCCAUUAACUCAGACAAAUGCCCUAUAUCUUGCCCAUCAGCGCAAGGGUUUUCUACAUGGGGAAGCCGGCCCUGACUUUACCGGAGCCCCUACAGGCGAUGUCACUGUAGGGGGAGAGCAGGCCGUUCGAGAGGUUGGUGAGGCAGGCGGCGUAGACGGCAUGCGUGCAAUGGGGCUAUUGCCGUGGGAUGAGGACGAAGCUCAAGAUGACCUUGAGUAUGCAGUAUUGGAAAUGGCAAAUGGUGUAUUAUUUCCAGAAAAGUAUGAUGGAACCUACUGA